AUAGCGGUGGUUAUGGGGUCGUGUACAGCAGGAGGAGCGUAUGUCCCGGCCAUGGCUGAUGAGAGCAUCAUCGUCAGGGGUCAAGGAACCAUCUUCCUGGGAGGACCCCCUCUGGUAAAAGCAGCAACAGGUGAGACUGUCUCUGCUGAGGAUCUUGGAGGGGCGGAUCUUCACUGCAGGAAGUCAGGUGUAACAGACCACUACGCUCUAGACGAUAGCCACGCCCUUCACCUGGCUCGCAAGGCCGUCCGCAACCUCAACUACACCAAGAACAUACAGGUGACCACAGAGCCCCCCGAGGCUCCUCUCUACCCAGCUGAGGAGCUGUAUGGCAUCGUAGGAGCCAACCUCAAACGCAACUUUGAUGUCAGAGAGGUGAUAGCCAGGAUUGUCGAUGGCAGCCGGUUUGAUGAAUUCAAAGCCUUAUACGGAGAUACAGUGGUCACAGGCUUCUCCAGGAUAUUUGGUUACCCUGUUGGAAUCAUUGGUAACAAUGGAGUCCUGUUCUCAGAGUCUGCUAAGAAAGCAACUCAUUUCAUAGAGUUAUGCUGUCAGAGAAACAUUCCACUUAUCUUCCUACAAAACAUCACAGGCUUCAUGGUGGGCAGGGAGUACGAGGCAGGCGGCAUCGCCAAGGACGGGGCUAAGAUGGUCACGGCGGUUGCGUGUGCCAACGUGCCCAAGAUCACGGUGAUCAUCGGCGGCUCGUAUGGAGCGGGCAACUACGGCAUGUGUGGCAGAGCAUACAGCCCCCGGUUUCUGUACAUGUGGCCCAACUCCCGUAUCUCUGUGAUGGGUGGCGAGCAGGCUGCCACCGUACUCGCUACCAUCACUAAAGACCAGCGGGCUAGAGAGGGCAAGGAGUUCACAGCAGAGCAGGAGGCCGCCAUGAAGGAACCCAUCGUCAAACGGUUUGAAGAGGAAGGAAGCCCCUACUUCUCCAGCGCUAGGCUGUGGGAUGACGGUAUCAUCGACCCGGCUGACACCCGUCUGGUUCUGGGAAUGAGUCUCAGUGCUACACUCAAUGCCCCGACACAGAGGACACGCUUCGGAGUGUUCCGGAUGUAAACAUCCACGGGUCCACUAGAGGCCCACUAGAGGACAGACUAAACAUCCACAGGUCCACUAGAGGACAGACUAAACAUCCACAGGUCCACUAGAGGACAGACUAAACAUCCACAGGCCCACUAGAGGACAGACUAAACAUCCACAGGCCCACUAGAGGACAGACUAAACAUCCACAGGUCCACUAGAGGCCCACUAGAGGACAGACUAAACAUCCACAGGCCCACUAGAGGACCACUAGAGGACAGACUAAACAUCCACAGGCCCACUAGAGGACAGACUAAACAUCCACAGGUCCACUAGAGGACAGACUAAACAUCCACAGGCCCACUAGAGGCCCACUAGAGGACAGACUAAACAUCCACAGGCCCACUAGAGGACAGACUAAACAUCCACAGGCCCACUAGAGGCCCACUAGAGGACAGACUAAACAUCCACAGGUCCACUAGAGGACAGACUAAACAUCCACAGGUCCACUAGAGGACAGACUAAACAUCCACAGGUCCACUAGAGGACAGACUAAACAUCCACAGGCCCACUAGAGGACAGACUAAACAUCCACAGGCCCACUAGAGGCCCACUAGAGGACAGACUAAACAUCCACAGGCCCACUAGAGGACAGACUAAACAUCCACAGGCCCACUAGAGGACAGACUAAACAUCCACAGGCCCACUAGAGGCCCACUAGAGGACAGACUAAACAUCCACAGGCCCACUAGAGGACAGACUAAACAUCCACAGGCCCACUAGAGGCCCACUAGAGGACAGACUAAACAUCCACAGGCCCACUAGAGGACAGACUAAACAUCCACAGGCCCACUAGAGGACAGACUAAACAUCCACAGGACCACUAGAGGACAGACUAAACAUCCACAGGCCCACUAGAGGCCCACUAGAGGACAGACUAAACAUCCACAGGCCCACUAGAGGACAGACUAAACAUCCACAGGCCCACUAGAGGACAGACUAAACAUCCACAGGUCCACUAGAGGACAGACUAAACAUCCACA